UAGUACAAUAUGGACUAAUACUCAUUUUGAGAGAGGUACGAGGUGUUAUCUUAGCCUAGCGUCAAUAACAAACUUCUAGCCGAGUUCUUCACUGUGAGUCAUGGCAUCCUACCCGGCCAUCAUUCGUAGAUGGUGGUGGCUUCUCGGCUUUGCCGGCUUCGUCCUCGUCCUUCUCUUUGUCUUCGGUAACAAUAGCGAUGACUAUGACAUAUCAGUGCUUCAGAACAUGCCGGACAUGCAAUCUCCAAAUAAAAAGGAACCAUCAGAAUCUUCUCAUCUGUUUCCUAACUCAGAGUUGAAACCUUGUAUGCCGUUAAACCUCACUUAUACUGAGAAACCUGCUACUUCUUCUUCUUCUUCUUCGGAUCCUUUGUCUGCAGGCUUGAAAAACGCAGAACCAUCGAACAAUUUUGAUAAUGUGAAACCAAUCAAAAUAGAAGAAAGAUGCAAUGUGUUUGAAGGGAAAUGGGUUUAUGAUCCAAAAGAGAGUCCACUGUAUGAUUCAGCCAUGUGUCCAUUUUUAAGUGAUAGAGCAAGCUGCCAAGGGAAUGGACGACAGGAUAAGGAAUAUGAAAGAUGGAGAUGGGAAGUCAAUGAAUGUAAGAUUCCCAGGUUUGAUGCCAAGGAUUUGUUGGAGAGACUUAGAGGUAAAAGAGUUGUACUAGUGGGAGACUCCAUUGGUUUUGGCCAAUGGGAAUCUCUGGCUUGUCUUCUACAUUCUGCUAUACCUCAUGAAUCCCAAGUCGAUGUUCGAAAUCGGAUCUUCACCUCCAAGUCAUAUAACUUGAUGGUAGAGUCCCUGUGGGCGGAAUUUCUGGUGGAGGUGCUAUUGAACAAGACUAGCGGGACAAAGAUAUUGAACCUCGACGCUCUUUCCCCAGCCGUGUCGAAAUCGAAAGGUGCUGAUAUUAUAGUAUUCAACACCGGUCACUGGUGGAUGAACCGCCAGAGGUGGGACUGGUUUCUGUUCAAGCAAAAACUGUAUACCGAUAUGAAGCUCGAUAGAGCAUUUAAGCUGGCGAUGCGAACAUGGGGUCGUUGGAUUGAGAAAAACGUGGACACGAGCAGGACAACGGUGUUCUUCAGGGGCAUGUCUCCGUCACAUUCGGGGAGACAGAAGUGUUACAGGGCAACUAAACCGAUCAAGAAUGACGAGACUUUGAAAUUGAAAAAGAGUGAAUCAAUUAUCAAAGGCAUUGUUGAGAGGACGAUCCGAGGCAUGAGGAGACCUGUGAGGUACUUGAACAUCACGAGGCUGACAGAGUUGAGAAAAGAUGCACAUUCUUCGAUUUAUUGGAAGAAGAAGCAAUUCAAGGCUGGCCCUGACUGCAGUCACUGGUGUUUGCCUGGUGUGCCUGAUACAUGGAACCACCUACUGUAUGCAACCUUGGCGUUUGAUGCCUCUUGGGGCACUUAAAAUUCUUGAAACCUGGAUAAACUUUAUGUAUUUUUUCCAAUUGAAGCAUGUUCUAUGUUGCUAUAGAGCACCCUAAAUUUGGC